AUGUCCCCGGGGAGCGGGGUGAAGAGCGAGUACAUGAAGCGCUACCGGGAGCCGCGCUGGGACGAGUACGGGCCGUGCUACCGCGAGCUGCUGCACUACCGCCUGGGCCGCCGGCUGCUGGAGCAGGCGCACGCGCCCUGGCUCUGGGACGACUGGGGCCCGGCCGGAGCCUCGGACGACUCGGCGUCGUCGGCUUCGUCGGGCGCCGGGGUCCCCGCGCCCCAGUGCGCCCCCGCCUCGCCGCCCGCGGAGCCCGCAGCGCGGGAGGGGCCGGAACGGCGGGCGCGCGGGCCCGCGGAGGAGCGGGGCGCCGAGGCGGCGGAGGCCGAGGAGGCCCGGGACGCGGAGAGCGUGGAGGAGGCGGCCGCUGCGGCUCUGCCAGCACUGCCAGUGAAAGAUACAAAAGAAAACCCUGAACAACAGAUCAGAACAAAAGAGACUGACAAGUUACCUAGCAGUACUGAACCUCGACAGCAACAAAGUGCCUUAUUUGCUAGAGGAAGUAGGAAAGCAGUCAAAAGUCCUCAAAGAUCAUCAAGUAAAAUAAAAGAGAACAAGCAUCCGUUUGCCCUUUAUGGGUGGGGAGAAAAACAGACGGAUACAGGAAGCCAAAAAACUCACAACGUCUGUGCUUCCGCUCCGGUGCAUGAGAUUCAUGAAUCAGCAUUACGAGCCAAGAACAGAAGGCAGGUGGAAAAAAGGAAACUGAUGGCUCAGAGGCAGCGCGCCCACUCCGUAGAGGUGGAGAAGAACAGAAGGAUAAAGCCUUCCCCCUCCGAGAACCCGUGGAUGACAGAAUACAUGAGAUGCUACUCAGCACGAGCCUAAAGGCAGAAACGGUUGCUGGGACAGCCUCUUCGAAAAAGUGUAAAUGAAAGAAAGAAGAAACAAACAAAAGAAAAACCAUCAAAAGAAAACAGACACAGGUUUAAGAAACCAGUGGACGACGCAAGGUUUCUCGUGAGGAAUUUCCUCAAGACUGCUCUAUUUCGAUAGAUCCUGGUCACCUACCUCAGCUGUAGGGUGACAGUUGAAGCCAUAGACAUUUGGUUAUUUCUGACGCUAAUCCCCUAAAUAUUUGAUAUUCUUAUAAGGGUUUUGUUUUAAAGCAUCUUAAUCUUUGCAGACACCGACACCGAAUGCCUUUAAAUGGCUACAGAUGUUUAACACUCAGUAUUGUCGUCAGAUUAGCUAGAGCCUGUUGUCAUCCUGUUCUCGUCACUUUCCAGAUUCCACAGCCAGUGAGGUCAUUCCGACUUGCAGCUUUAGACCCAUUUUCCUUUUGUGGAGUUUUCUUUGUGGAAGAAUAGCUUGUCAACUGAGUUUUCAACACUAAUAUUGACUCCUUGUGUAGUGAAACCAGAACCUGUUUGUGUUUCAGUUUCGGCACCACGUCCCAGAGACUGUGAUAUUUAAGAAUUCUCUGCGUUGGGUGAGGGUCCUCUUUUCUCCUUAGGAGUCACUGAGGCACUUACUGCUUCAUAGUUUAAUAGAUCGAGUGCAUUCCAAUGACUGAAGUGCCAGUGCUGUGUCUUCAGAGUAGUACUGAACCUUUUUUUUAUUAUUAUUGCAACUUUUUUUUUUUUUUUAAGCACUUAACUGGGAAUCAGUUCCUUGCCGCACUGUGGGCUUUUGCCUCUUCUAGAAUAGUUGGCAGUGACAUUUAGAACUUACAGUGUGAAAUUUCAUUUAAUUAUGUUGAGAUUGUCUUGCUCCCUGGGGACAGGGGGCAAAUAUUAAGAGACCAGUUAGAGAUGUGGCCUACCCCUCCUUUCUGCACUUUCGUCUCUACAGACUCAUUCAUAACAAAGCCUCGACUCUGUACGUCAUUCAGACUUCUGGCCGAAACGCAUUACUCCCAGCCAGUAGAUGUCACAGAGAACUUACAGUGGGAGAAUAGUAGUGUGUGUCGAGACACAGUUGUGAGGGUGUAAGCCAAGUGCGCCUUCCCUGGUACAUUUGCUCUCAGGGUAGAAAAAUGGUUUUAAGGAGCACUGGUUUCUAUCCAGCAGAGACAGGAAUCUACAGGAAGGAUGAGUCCUAAAUUCUCUAUAAGAGAGGAAAGGGGUCUUUGCCUAGGCCAGGUUGUCACCUGGAGAUGGGCGAAUAAAAUUUGCCAGUAGAUGUGAGGUUGAACAUUUCCUUGAUGUUUUUACUCUGUCUUUGAAGUAUUAUGGUCAAUUUUUACUUUUUUUUUUUUUUUAAGUAGGCUCCACCCCCAACAUGGGGCUUGAACUCACGACCCUCAGAGCAAGAGUCGCCUGCUAUACUGACUGAGCCAGCCAGGCGCCCCUAUUGUCAAUUUUUAGAACACAAAUAUGUCUUAUUCCACAUAAAGUCUUCACACAGUGUCAUCUUACA